GUUUAGUUUUUAUAAACAAAAAACACAAAAUUUAAUUUAAUUGUGAAAUCAAUCGCCGAUUGAAUGCUAUAUUAGUUAUGGUUUUUAUUCAAAUCCCAACACAAUUGACAGACGAAGAGCUUAUGCUUCAGAGGAAGUACCAGAAACUGAAGCGAAAGAAGAAGGCAUUGCAGGCCAUAAAAGCACCGAAACCGGAGCCGCAACCCAUCCAACAGGUGGUGAAACGCAAGUCAGAGAGCGGUACGGAUGCCAAAGAAGUGGCCAAAAAACUGCUCAAAUCGGGAAAAAUACACGCAAUCAAAGGUCCCGACCAUAAGGACAGACAGCACUCGGGUUUCAAACGAUCCAAAGCGUUGGAGAGGAAGCGAUGCGGCGGUGCCGACAAACCGGGCGGUUAUCAACCCUUUCACUUGUCUCACUCUCUCGAUGAGGACAAUGGUCUGACACCACACCAACCGAUGGGUGAUUGUGUUUCAUUGUUUGUCUUGUGUUUUGCAGUGGCUUUAGAGGACAUUCCGUCCAAUCGUGUGAAACCUCUGUACGAGAGUUUUGUGUCGUCGAGAGAUCCCGAGUCAGUGGCCAGAGAGGAGACGUUCCGCGAGAAGCGAAGGGACGGCAAAGCGAAUUACGUGAAUAGAGAUACCCCACAGACCGGUAACACGAUUUAUGUUCACGGAUUCGGUAUCAAUGAACCCAUUCUGAGGACUGGUUUCUCUAUUUUUGGCAAUAUUCUCAACAUUACGUCCGAAACGGACAAAAAUUGCGGUUUCGUAACGUUUGACUCAAUCGAAAGCGCCAACAAAGCGAUCGAUGAGAUGAACCAGAAGUCAGUGAAUGGCAUCAAACUGAAGGUAAUGCUCGCCCGAAGGCAACCGGUGGUCGUCGACAAGAAUAAAGCCGAGACGAGUGGUGAUUCGGUUCCGCAUUCCUCCGCACCCGAUGUUUGGUCUUCAAUCGCCGCCAGUUAUUCACAGAAGAGUGCCGUUAAAGACAAACGUAAUCUUAUUAGUUAUGAAGAGACCGAUAUAUUCGCGUCCAUCGCAAAAGAAACGCUUCCAGACAUCACUUGCAGCAGAAGUGAUGUCAACGUAUCUGAAGUGCUGACAAAUAUCCGACUUAACAGCGGCACAGAUAAUGAGCUGCAAUUCGGUCGACUCUUUUGGACUAAUGGCCAGUCAAUCAACGUUACGGACAACUUCUUCGCCGGCGUCUCCUUUGAGAAGCUAUAUCUGGGAACCAAACGAAAGUACGCAAACAUAUUGCACAUCAGUUCCGGCGCUUUCAACGGAAUUGCUCACAGAAUUAAAUCAAUUGUCAUUAGAUCUCAGGAUCUGAUGGAUGAGCGCAACCUUUUUGACGCGUUAAGACGGCUCACAAAUGUCGAGUAUAUCGGCGUUGAGGGCAUUGGUCUGCAGACUAUACCGGAAAACGCGUUCAAAACGGUAGACAAUUGCCAUCCGUUGACUGAUUGCGCCCAAAAGCGGUUGACAUCCAUAUCGUUCAGAGUCGGUGUCACUGAGUCUCUCAUCUUUUUGGCUGCGGUCGAGAGUCAAGCGUUUUAUGAUUUGCCAAAUCUUACGUCACUUGACAUGAGCUCUCACGACAUCCGUCGGAUCGGCGCCCGUGCCUUCGCUUUCGCUCACAAAUCGGAUCAGUUGUUGACAAUUGAUUUGUCAAAACAAUGGGACCGACACUUAGCGGCACACAGUUUUGACGUGAGAGCGUUUGAGGGCACGAAUCGACCCCUUUAUGUCGAUUUGUUUGGAAACAAGUUUUUCGACUCCCUAUCAGAGCCUGUGUUUCGACCCCUUUUGGAGUCGGACUCCAGGAAUAGACUCCGAUUGGGAAUGAAAAUGAAAUGCGAUUGUCGUCUGUAUUGGCUUUGGCACCAAAGACACACUUUUCAGCCGCAGUUCAUUGAAUGGGUUUACGACGAUUUGCCCCCAAAUCAGACCAAACACACCAUUCAGUGCUCCGAAGGG